UGUUUUCAAGGAGGGCCAUACACGGUAGCGUGUAGUUUUGCUUCGCCUUUGAAGCCUCUGGCUCAGAAAGCGCCGAGGAUUCGCUGAUAAGCUGUGAAGGCUGACCAGCAUCCGUGCUUUGUGCGCUAUCGAUAUAUUUGAUGUACAAACUCAUAUUGAGACGAUAAUAUUCGGUAUUCAAAAAAGGAGCGCGAAUAUACGUGCGCAUGUGGGCGCGUCCCAGCUGCCCUCUUCUCCACCACGAGUUUAGAUUUUCAAGUUUGAGGUGGCUCCGACUUUGUUUCUGACGCCAUAGCUGUCCCAGUGUUUGGCUUCGGUGCAGGAAAUUGGAUGACGUCAGCAGAACUUUUUUGAAGGACGGCCCACAUGGUGUGGAAGAACCCAAUACAUUUUUAUGCAGUUCCAGUUGGUGCUCACUUUGUACCACUCAUCACCACUAGCUUCAAGAAUGGGGUGCUGCCAGGCAUGCUGCACAUUGACUGUCAUCCACAUUUCAAAUACACCAACAAAGUUCCCUGGAGACUGCUGAUCCCCUCCUAAUAUGAGGAAUUCUCCGGUAGUUCUGCAGGAGGAGGAAACUGAAGGCUUGUGGAUGCUGUUGUCUUGGCUGGUGUCCUGUCUCAUGGUGAUUGGGGGUACACUGCCUUACGUGCCCCAGUACCAGGAGAUCCAGAGAAGCAGCAACACUGAGGGCUUCUCUACCAGAGUGUGUCUGGUCUUGCUCAUUGCCAACAUCCUGCGAAUCUUCUUCUGGAUAGGGAAGCAGUUUGAGCUCACUUUGCUGCUCCAGAGUGUGGUGAUGAUCCUCACCAUGUUGGCAAUGCUCCAUCUCUGCUGCUCCGUCCAAAACACCAACUGUGUGAGCACCAAGCGACACCGACUUUCAGACUUGGAUCCGAAAUAUUUCUGGAAGUGGAACGUGUUUGAAGACUACCUUCUCUUCUGUUUCGGCCUCAGCGCCCUGUGUGCAAUGGUCACCAUGCUGCUGCUGGACUCUGCCGUGUUCGUAGAGAUGCUGGGCUCCCUAGCUGUGAUGUUUGAGGCCAUGCUGGGCCUCCCUCAACUACUGCAGAACCUUCACAACCGCUCCACCAAAGGCAUGAGUGUGAAGAUGGUGCUGCUGUGGACGGCCGGAGACAUCUUCAAGACGUCCUACUUUGUGAUGAACCAAAGCCCAUCUCAAUUCUGUGCGUGUGGUUCUGUCCAGAUCCUCAUUGAUGUGGCCAUUCUCCUCCAGGUGCUGUUCUACAGCCAGGACACGCAUCUCAAGCUAGGCUGAACCAGACAACAGAGGAACUUUUUCUCAGGUGUGAUCAUAUAAACCAGAAGUGAAAUGUUGGUAUUUUCAAGGAAAACAUUCGCUCUGAAUGGAACUUUUAUUUCUACGCCACAAUUUUAGCCUUGAGCAACUCCACCUUAGCUUUCCGAAGAUAAAGCAACAUUUACUGUAAAUGUGCUUUUCGAUUUUUUAUUUUUGUUGUUGUUGUUGUUAAAUGAGACUGAAUCAGACAGUUCUUUUUAGUGGACAGAAAGUGUAAAAGGCAGACAUUACUCACCUUGGCAGCUCCCCAACUGCAGGUCUGUGUUGCUCUAAUGGCGGCUGUAACAAGCAGUGCUGCUCCAGUAGACCUCCACUGGCCUUUAUCGCUUGACUGAUGAGUCUCCCACUCCACACUUCAUCCGAUUGGUCCCUCCAUGUCAUGCAGUGUGUGCACGUGUGUAUGUGUGUGUAUUUCACAGAGAUUGCAGAACUGUUGGAAUACCUGCUGAUGCGUGCUCGCAGCCAAUUUCGAUAUUUGCCGUUGGCAGCGCCAAGCCGGGCCGCGCAAUGAGCAGCUACUAAUGGUUUCUCCAAAGGCCAUCAGUCUGUGUGUUCGGACUGCAACCUAUGAACUUUAUUGACAAUGACUGAAGUAGUUUAGCGCACAACACAGAUAACAUUGAUUUUGAAUCCAUCAGAAAAUAAGGCCGGUGAUUUCUGAACACACAUUUGAGAUUUAGCUUUUCAACAAGCUAUAUUUUCCAAGGUUAUAAAAAAUAAAAGGUGGUUUAAAAAUUUACUCCGGAGUAAAUGCUAGUUUGCGAGGCAGCACCGAUAUAAAAUGUGAACGCUACAGGGGAAGACUCGUUACGCAUGAGAAGAGUUGAUUAAAUACGCGUAUUGAAUGCGUUGCUUCCGUGCGCUGUUUUACUUCGGUCAUCUUUCCUUUCUCUUCUCUCAUCCUUUUACGGUGUCUGAUAGACCACAGCGUUGAUUUGUCUGGAGAAGUAUAAACCAUGCUUUUUUGAUAUGUCACAAACAAGGCAAGGAAAAAGGAAGUACACGUUACGCAUGCGCAUGUUUUAUCUUAUUGCACGACCGCAAAAACUGCCGUGUGAACGCAAGUGGGGCUGCACCGGGGUUAACACGCUUGCUUCUCUUUAAUAAGCAGCUUUUUACAUGUGAACGCUCCACAAAAUUUACACCGGCGUAAGAUAUAUUGCAACAAAAUACGUCAGUGCAGCACCGAUGCAAAUGUGUGCCGUGUGAACACCCUUUUGUCGCCUUUUAAAUCAGCAGUCAGCUUGCUUCUGUUGUGCUACAUUAACAUUACUUUCCUGGCGGCCACGAGAGACCCUGAAUUGGCCCGGAAUGAAAAGUGUUGUACAAUUAGAGGCAUUUUUGUCUCCACAUACAAAGUCUUGUAAAGUCUUGCUAAAUUUUUCUGACGAUCAAACGCGAUAUCCUUGAUGGUGUGGUUCUGAGUCCCAGAGGCUCGAAUGCGCACGACGGGUACAGCAUGUAAAUAACACAACCAGCACUGAGUGUAUGUUUCGCAUCAUAUACACAAAUAUAAGAAUUAGUUAUUUCUUUUUUUUUUUUUUUUUGGUCCUUUAUACAUUCUGUGGGCGGCCCGGUAGUCCAGUGGUUAGCACGUCGACUUCACAUACCGGCUUCAAUUCCAGCUGCGGCCUCCCUGUGUGGAGUUUGCAUGUUCUCCCCGGGCCUGCGUGGGUUUUCUCCGAGUGCUCCGGUUUCCUCCCACAUUCCAAAAACAUGCGUGGCAGGCUGAUUGAACACUCUAAAUUGUCCCCAGGUGUGAGUGUGAGCGUGGAUGGUUGUUCGUCUCUGUGUGCCCUGUGAUUGGCUGGCAACCGAUUCAGGGUGUCCCCCGCCUACUGCCCGAAGACAGCUGGGAUAGGCUCCAGCACCCCCUGCGACCCUAGUGAGGAUCAAGCGGUUCGGAAGAUGAAUGAAUGAAUAUACAUUCUGUCUUUCACAGUUGAAGUGUACCUUGACAGACAAAUGACAGGCCUCACUUAUCCCUUUACAUGGGACAAUUUGCGCAAUGGUUGCAUUUCCAAAUACUUUUUUUGCCCAGCUGUAUAUUCUGUGAAAAAAAAAAAUCAACAUUUCAUACAGGUUGACAUGCUAAUAUAGGCUAACCUGUGAAAAGGCCAGCAUCAACACAUCUCUCAUUUCGAGAUGUGUGUGCUAAUGUGCAGCCAGCAGUCUGUCUAUUUAUGCAUGCUACUCUAUACUCGACCGCUUUGCAAAUCUGGACUUUGCGUGAAUGUUUUGGUAUUACAUGUUUGAUGGAUGUGAAACUCGCAGUAGCACAUUAUGCAUGAGCCAUGAAAGCAGCCUGGCCUGGGCUUGACUCGUCAAAUGUUUAUAUUUAUAGAAAUGUCCAUGCAGUUGAUAGAUUUUUCAGAUGUCCGGCUAAUACUGCAGCUCUCAGCGUUGUUUGUGACCUUUUGUUGUUUAUUUGCUCUCGGUGUGUUUAUUGCACACGGGGUCCUCGUGUACAUGCAUUUUUCAAAUCCUUGUAUCUCCUUUUGCAUCUGGUUACUGAACGUGUCUAAUUUCCAUUACAGCGAGGCUGCAUUGCAGCUUCUUUGUCCUUUUUUCAAAAAGGCAUUCAUCACCAGAUCGGCUGCAUUGUUGAUCCCCUCAGCACGGUCAACAAUCGCCGCCUCGUAUGGAGUGAAAUGUGCGAAUAUGACUUUGAUUACUUUUAUUGUCUUUCUUCUACAAAUAUUUUGAAUUGACUUGCGAUCCGAAUAGAACAACCAAACUGUCAGGAGACUAAGUGCAUUCUGAUGCCUAUUCAUGUCGAAUUUGCAAAACGAAAGCAUGCCAAUUUACAGUCCAAUUUUUUCAACUUCACUGUCUCCUUCAGACAGUGUGUUUGUGAAAUAUUGAUGGUGUUUGUAUUUUAUUUCAACCAUAAAGUAUUUAUAUCGCA